AUGCCUCAGAAGCGGGCAGCUGGUCGGGGUCCUCGGGGACGCGAGCCACGCGGCCAGAAAGCCAAGGGCGAGGAGAAGGAGGCAGAUGUCUUUGAAGAUGAGAAACCCCCAAAGAAGAGUCUGCUCUCAAAAGUCUCACAGGGAACGAGGAAGAGGGGUGGCCGUGAUCCUGGGGGCUCACCAGAUGGUCCAGUAAAGAAGGUGGCCAAGGUGACUGUGAAAUCUGAAAGCCUCGAGGUUAAAAAGGAUGAAGUCGUCAGUGAUGGGGAAGAUUUCAGAGACUUUAAAAGUGCCUGCAAGAAGGCACACCAUCCAAAGAGAGAGUCUGCUGUGGACAAAGACAGCCACGAAGGAGACGACGAUGAGGAGGAAAGUGAAGAUGAUUGGGAAGAGGUAGAGGAACUCAGUGAGCUCGUGCCAGAUGAUGGGGCAGAAAAUGCAACCUUCUCUCAAUCUGUUCUGCCUGUGAAGCCAGUGGAGAUAGAGAUUGAAACACCGGAGCAGGCGAAAGCAAGAAAAAGAAGUGAAAAAAUACAAAUGGAGUUUGAGACCGCUCUGCGGAGACUGAUGAAGCGUUUCAAUAAAGAAGUCCAUGAGGACACACACAAGGUUCACCUUCUGUGCCUGUUAGCAAACGGCUUCUAUAGAAAUGGCAUCUGCAACCAGCUCGAUCUUCAGGCUAUUAGCCUCUCCAUCAUCCCAGUUCGCUUUACCAAAGUGCCUCCCCAAGACGUGGACAUCUCCUACCUGUCAAACCUGGUGAAAUGGUUCAUUGGAACAUUUACAGUUAACUCUGACCUUUCAAUCAGCGAGCACGACAGCCUACAAACUACGUUGGAAAGGAGAUUUGCGAUUUACUCUGCCCGAGAUGAUGAAGAAUUGGUCCAUAUAUUUUUACUGAUGCUCCGGGCCCUGCAGCUCCCAACCCGACUGGUAUUGUCUCUACAGCCAGUUCCUCUGAAGUUAUCAGUAGCCAAGGGAAAGAAGCCUAAAAAGAGUUCCACAGAGAGUCCUGAGGGCUCCUCAGAAACUUCCAGCCAAGUCUCAGAAAAUCAAACCAAACCAAAGACCAGCAGAGGAACCAGAAAAGAGGGCACUUCUUCUAAAGGCACCAACGGUCCAAGUGCCAAAGGGAAGAGGAGUAAGGCAGCUGCCGUGGGGAAGAAGCGGAGGGAACCCUCCUCCAGUGAGGAAGAAGAGGGCGAGGCGGGAGAGCAGGAAGAGACCCAGAGACAGCUGCGUGGCCGGGAGCGACGGGUGGCCUCCAGGGUGUCUUAUAAAGAGGAGAGUGGGAGUGAUGAGACCAACAGUGGCUCUGACUUCGAGCUCUCCAGUGGGGAAGCCCAUCAUCCGUCUGAUGAGGAUUCUGAGCCUGGUCCUUCGAGACAGAGGAGGGCCCCGGCCCCUCAGAGGACAAAGGCAGAGUCCAAAAGUGACUCCAGGACCCGACGUGGAAGCCACCCUAAGCAUCCCGACUCUCCAGCAGCAUCCACAAGCUCUUCAAGCAGUAAAAAUAUGAGAGGCAAGAAAAUGUCCAGUGAUGGUGAGAGGACAGAAAAAGGGAAAACAGCUGGUGUGGACCAGUGGCUAGAGGUGUUCUGUGAGCGGGAGGAAAAAUGGGUGUGUGUGGACUGUGUGCAUGGUGUGGUGGGCCAGGCCGUGACAUGUUACAGAUACGCCACCAAGCCCAUGGCCUACGUUGUGGGCUUUGACAAUGAUGGUUGGGUCCGGGAUGUCACCCAGAGGUAUGACCCAGCCUGGAUGACAGCGACCCGCAAGUGCCGGGUUGAUGCCAAGUGGUGGGCUGAAACCCUGAGACCCUACCAGAGCCCAUUGGUGGAAAGGGAAAAGAAAGAAGACUUGGAGUUUCAGGCAAAGCACCUGGACCAGCCUUUGCCCACUGUCAUUGGCACAUACAAGAACCACCCUCUUUAUGCCCUGAAGAGGCAUCUCCUGAAAUACGAGGCCAUCUAUCCCGAGACAGCUGCCAUCAUUGGCUAUUGUCGUGGAGAAGCUAUCUACUCCAGGGAUUGCGUGCAAACCCUGCACUCCAGGGACACGUGGCUGAAACAAGGAAGAGUGGUGAGGCUUGGAGAAGUGCCCUACAAGAUGGUGAAAGGCUAUUCCAACCGGGCCCGGAGAGCCCGCCUUGCUGAGCCCCAGCUGCAGGACCAAAAUGACCUGGGCCUAUUUGGCAAGUGGCAGACAGAGGAGUACCAGCCACCUGUGGCUGUGGACGGCAAGGUCCCCCGGAAUGAAUUUGGGAACGUGUACCUCUUCCUGCCCAGCAUGAUGCCUGUUGGCUGUGUUCAACUGAAUCUGCCCAACCUGAACCGCGUGGCUCGUAAGCUGGGCAUCGACUGUGUCCCGGCCGUCACCGGCUUUGAUUUCCAUAAAGGAUACUCCCAUCCCAUAACUGACGGGUACAUAGUCUGCGAGGAAUACAAAGAUGUGCUCCUGGCCGCCUGGGAAAAUGAGCAGGCACUCAUUGAAAAGAAGGAGAAGGAGAAAAGGGAGAAGCGGGCGCUGGAGAACUGGAAGCUGCUGGCUAAGGGACUGCUCAUCAGGGAGAGGUUGCAGCUUCGCUAUGGGGCCAAGAGUGGAGCAGAAACUCCCCACCCAGCAGGAGGUGGGCUCUCUUCUGAUGAAGAGGAAGGAACCAGCUCGCAAGCAGAAGCGGCCAAGAUCCUGGCUGCUUCCUGGCCCCAGAACCGAGAAGCUAAAGAAGAGCAGAAGCCAAGGUGCCCUAAGAAAACCAAAAGGGAAAAGGCGGAGGCUUCCCACCUGUUCCCAUUUGAGAGGUUAUGAUGUGAGUGGCCAUGGUGUCCACGGAGAAGGCAAACAAGCAGCGUGGAUUGCAGACAAGGAUGCGGGGACAGCAGGGUCAAGUUGAGGUGGUGCUGCAGGUCUAGUGUGGCCCAGUCCUUGUCAGAGCCACUCAACAUAGGGCCUUCAAAGUCUCUUGCUCCCACACCCUAUGUCUUGAGCUGUGGAACCCUUUCCUGGAGACCCUCCUGCACUUAGACCUGCUGCUUCCCCUUUUGAAACAUGAGUUUGUUUUUUAUAGAAACGCCUGGGAAAUUUUCAGAUAAUUGUACAUUAGUAAUGCACCAGUCCCUUCCAGAUUCUUCAUCUGUCAGACACUGGUGCUCUCGCCUCUCUUGCAGACUUCAGACCCUCUCUCUGCAGGCCACUCAUUUUCCCUCAAUCAGGUUUACUAAUACUGCCUAAUGCUGCCUCUUUAAUAUGGGGAGCACAGGUCAACUCGGAUUCUGGUAUUUUGGGGAUCCACUUUUCAAAGUUACAUUUCAUGAUGGCAGAAGACUAGAGUCAUUACUGGAUAAAUUUUAUAAAGCUCUAUGGCACUGUAGGUAUUUAGAAUAACAUUUUGAGAAAAAAAUAAAGCAUUUAUCUAAAAAGA